UGUUUUGAAAAAUGGCGGUGUUUUCGAUGGGAAAGAACAGUUGACAUGUUUUGAGAAAUGUUUGUAGGGAACGGAAAUACUGAGAUUUAUUGAAGGCAUCAAUGGUUUUACUCAAAAAUAAGCUCUCAAGACCAUGGAUCAUUCUGCUUUAUUCUUUAGAAAGCGCGCUCUUUUUUCAGCUCAUGCAUUGUAUACAGACUACAGAUCCCAAAAGUCACUGCUCUAGACCCCUCUCCCGGAUUGUGAGGAAUCAGUUGACGGAGCAAUUCUAUAAUGUAUUCCAAGCUAAGAACCAAGAACCUCAUAUAAAAUGUCCACUGCACUCAUCCAGAGAUUUAUACAGUGUUCAAGAGGGAAAUAAAAUAGAGGAAUAUGCCUCAAAAUGGGUGUGCAACUUAUGUGGCAAGGCUUUCUAUGCUGAGCAUUAUCUUGACUUGCACUUUGAUAACAGACAUAGUGACAAGUUAGUAAAGGGUUCUACAGUGUGUCUAGCUGAUUUUUGUGACAUCUUCAGAUGUGAUGUGUUUGAAAACCAGAGAAAAGACAACUUUUGGAAAAAGAAACUCUGCAAAGAAAACAAACUAAUUGUUCGCAAAAAGAGAUGUGAGGCUUUAAUGCGAAGUUGCCUUCCUCAGGGCAAUCUAUCAGUUGAGGAAGAAUUCAAACUAUUUGAAGAGAUCAGUUCAAACACGUGUUCGCUGUUAAACUGCAAGGACUACUGGGAGUUACCAUCCAACGAAAUUUCUCCAUGGAAAGUUGUCUUCUAUGCAGUAGUAACGCCGUUUUUCUUCAUGGCUCUCAUUGUUUAUUACUAUGCUAUUUGGGAUUACUAUUACGGCGAUUACCCGCUGUAUAGCAAUAUCGGGUCACGUGAGGAAGAGGAGAAUGUCUCCGGCGGUUACGGAUUGACGUCAACUCAUUUGAGGAAAAGAUAUGGAGGCCGCGCUCUAAUGUACUAGAACAGCAAAAGGGAUUCAUAACUAUUCUAGAGCUGGUCUUAAUGCACUGAGGUCACGGAGAGGAGUAACAUUUGAUUUUUGUUUCCUGGUUGAUCUGGCAAAACUGUUGCACUACUUUAGAAACUCUUUUAGGAGCAAGACUCGUGACAAGGGCGUAGCCGAUGUGGGUCCUGCCAAUUAACUGAAAAGAAUUCGCUCCUCUUCGUCGUAAAAUCGAAGCGAUUUCUCUCAAAGAGCAGUGACGGAAAACGAAAUGCUUGUAAAGGACGUAAUCGUUGAUGGAGAAAAUGUGUAAUGAAAGAACAACUAAUGUCGUUAAAAUGAAAGCGAUGCCACCCAAAGUGUUAAACAAUGGUCUCGCUGCUUUUAAAAAUUUUGUGAAGGUGCCGAGGACGCUUGCAACCUUGGUGACAUUUGUCACCUUUUCCCUGUUCCUGAAAAAUUGCUUGCCCCCCUCCACUAACCCUUGAGCAGUGAUGACAUCGGACUUCAUAUCAAUUUCUCUACAGAUAACAACACCGAAAAGUUCAUUUUCCCACUUAUAGUUUCGAGUUGUUAAGUUUACGAUGGUGCAGCCAAAGCCGGUGAUUUGACGUUAUUCAUCAAGAAUUCGUAUUUCUUUCUUUUUGUUGCUUUUUCAUUAAGUUCUUUCGUUUUCACGCACAUUACUUUCAUCGACAUUCUGUUACUUUUUUGGCUUAAUUUACCUUGGUUUGUGUCAUUCGUACAAGUUCUUUACCGUAAAUGUUAUUCAUUCGGCUUCAUCGUCUAUCUGGGCUGGAUCGUUUUCCUCAGUCAUUUUCUAUGAUCGUCUUUAAGCAGCCAUUUGUCUCCGGCUAUUGUACAACGGAUAUUGUAAGUAUCUUUUGUUGUCUAUUAUUUUGUUUUCUCGGUUGUCAAUUCCCUCACCAAUAAUUGUAAUAACUUGUCAAUCGUAACUUCAUUUUCGCAACUUCUUCGAUUGUUUAGUUCGCAUCAAUACUUCAGUUUGUUUCGUUUGUUGGAAUAAAUUCUUGCCGAAACAUUAAAAGAGUUACUUUGGACAUGUACGAUUGAUUUUGGCAUAAAUUUACGAGUUCUCAACUACUUUUUUGGGAAAGUAAGGUGUAGUUUUAAAUGCUCUACGCAACGUUCUCUUGGUCAUGAAAAUGAAAACGAAACUAAGGCUUGGUCGUUUCAGCUGAGCCCGAGUUGAUGAUUGUUCUCAAUAAGUUUUGAGCGGAGAGGAGUGGGACAGGUUUUAAGUAUCAUAUUUUCACCUCGGGACAUCUUGGGUCACCACAAUACAUCGUUUUUCCACCAUGCGUAUCAAUGCGUUAAAAACUGCAACGAGUGGGUCCGUCCUCACGGUUUUCUGUCCGGGUGAAACGAAAGUCUUUAUCGAUGCUAGUGAUACUCUCUGCACCAUCGCUUUGUUCUUUGGGUCUCACGAUUCAUUCUUUGAAACUAAACUCCGAUGAUAAGCAUUUUAUCAUAGUCCGCAA